AUGACGCGCCCUGAUAUCACCCUCUACACUGCUCAGACCCCCAAUGGGAUCAAGAUCUCCAUGGCGCUUGAGGAGCUCGGGCUCCCCUACAAGGUCGAGAAUAUUGACAUUUCGAAGAACGUCCAAAAAGAAGACUGGUUCCUGGAAAUCAACCCGAAUGGUCGCAUCCCAGCCUUGACCGAUACGUUCAGCGAUGGCGAGAAGAUUCGUCUUUUUGAGUCAGGUAGCAUUCUGCAAUACCUGGCCGAGCAAUAUGACCCCGAACACAAGAUCUCCUUCCCCAAGGGCAGCCGAGAGCACUAUGAGAUGAACAACUGGCUCUUCUUCCAAAAUGCAGGCUUGGGCCCGAUGCAAGGUCAGGCCAACCACUUCUCACGAUAUGCCCCGGAGCGCAUCGAAUACGGUGUGAACCGGUAUGUCAAUGAGUCCCGCCGCCUUUACGGUGUCCUCGACAAGCAUCUUGCCCAGUCGAAGUCUGGGUAUCUGGUCGGCGAUCACGUAUCCAUCGCCGACAUCUCACACUGGGGUUGGAUCGCGGCUGCCGGAUGGGCCGGUAUCGAUAUUGAGGAGUUCCCGCAUGUCAAGGCGUGGGAGGAGCGCAUGGCUCAGCGACCGGGUACUGAGAAGGGACGCCAUGUUCCCUCGCCGCACACUAUUAAGGAGCUCUUGAAAGAUAAAGCCGAGGUUGAGAAGCAUGCUGCAGAGUCACGGGCUUGGAUUCAGCAAGGAAUGAAGGAGGACUCGAAGAACAAGAUCUAA